CUUCGUCGUUCCCUUGCCCCCCUCCCAAAAUCUUCUCCUCCGCUGGCUGGAUCCCUCGGCGAUUUCUUCGUACCCUCGCCAAAGAUCGCAACUUGAAACUCUAAUUGAUCGAUUCGUCUCCCGCAGCUCUCCGAUUCGAUCUCGAUUCCAUUAAAAAACGGCUCUAAUAUCACCACCUAACGACGAACAAAGCCGAAACCCUAACCCUAACCCUAAUGGCGAAGCAUCGGAACGAGGAGGGUUCGAACUCCGAUGACUCGUCGGGAUCGGUGAAGGAGAUCACCGCCGACGAUCUGAAGAAGAAGGAUGCUAGGGCUCCUUCGUCUAGAUCUAGGGUUUGGGCGAGCGAUCUGAUGGGGUUUCCGGUUCAUCGGAACUAUAACCAGGAUCUGUACUCGUUCGCUUGGGCUCAGGCGGUGCAGAACAAGCCGCUAGGGCUUGAUGUGAAGAAUGAGGUUGAUCAUGAUGAUGACGAAAAUAAUGAAAAUGAGGGUGAGGUUGAGAAAGAGGAGGGUGAGUUGGAGGAAGGGGAGAUUGAGUUUGGAUCCGAAGUCGUGAAUGUGGAGGAUUCGACGAAUGUUGAAUCGAACGGGGAGAAGAAUGAGAAAGAUGAUGAAGUGGAAGAGAUUGAUGAAUUUGAUAAUCAAUUUGGGAUGAUUUUGGAGGAACUAGAGACUAUUACAGUCGAGGAAGCAGAAUCAUCAUUUCAGGAAGUCUGUUCUCGAUUGCAAAAGUCUUUUGCCAGCUUGAAGCAGAUGUUUUUACAAGGGCAUGGACCGGUUCUUGAUGUUAUUGUGCAGCAGGCGUUCGUGGGGAUUCAAACUAUUUACUCUGCCUUCAAUUCUGGGCAUUUGAAGAAACUCGAUCAGAACAAGGAGUUAUUGCUAAGGUUGCUGAUUCACAUUAAGAACCAGUAUUCUGUUUUUCUUACUCCUGAGCAAGUGAAAGAGAUAGAUGUGAGAGUACAUACGUUGGCUUCUGAAGCUGUACUCAGUACUGGGAAAACAACUAGUUUUCCGAAUGGUUCAGCCAAUGUAGGUGAAAGGCCUGAAAUUUUAGCAGAGAAACGGAAAGCGGAUCAGAGAGGAAUUGAUAAGGCCAGCUCGGCCAAUUUAGAACAACCUAAUGCCUCAAGAAGUAGAGUUGAUUUUAGUCCAUUGUUAAACCUCCAUGGAGAUUAUGAUGAGGACAGCCUCCCUUCACCAACCCGUGACAAUGCACCACCAUUGCCUGUUUUAAAGCCAAUUGGAUUUGGAAGUGGAACAGCUUUCAAUUCUCAUUUAGUGGCCCCAAGGAAUGUGCAAACUGAGAAUGCUACAUUGCAUCCUUAUGUAACCGAUGCACUUAAGGCUGUAUCAUCGUACCAGGAGAAAUAUGGAAAGAAUUCGAUUCUUGAGAGUACGCGGCUUCCCAGCCCGACUCCUUCUGAGGAUGGGAAUGGUGGCAACGAUGAUAUAAAUGGUGAAGUAUCCAGUUCUUCAGGUUCUCAUAAUGCUAGAACAGUUUUGCCUAGCACUGCUGCCAAUGGAAUGGCUCCUGUUAAUAGUUCAGAUGGUUUUCAAAUGCAACCUGUUUAUAGUUCAGCUGGUCCACAAAUGGCUCAAGUCAGGACAAUUGGUCAGGUUGGUUCAGAGGCAAAUCCCGCUGUGAAGGCUUCUGCAAAGAGUAGAGAUCCAAGGCUUAGGUUCAUGAAAUCAGAAACAAGUGUUGUUCCUAAAAAUGGAUUUGCUGCAGGACCAGUCAAUUCUUUAAAACACAAGUCUGAUGAUGAGCUAGUACUUGAUGAGCAUAGCUUGAAAAGGCAACGAAAGGACUCUAUGAGUUCUAGAGAUGUAAAGGUAACAGGAUCUCAAAGUGGAGCAACAAAAGAUAGAAAUCUGGUAGGUACAGAAGUUGGUUAUGAAAUGGGAUUGGAUGCUGACAAUAAUAAAUUGACUGUUAGUUCCGUUCCCAGUACAUCAAUUAGUACCACAGGACCUAUUGUUUCAUUACCUUCUCUGUUGAAGGGUAUUGCAGCAAACCCUCAAAUGCUUGUGCAACUGCUGAGAAUGGAGCAACAAAAGAUAGCAGCAGGACAAGCUCAGGAGAAACCUGAUGGUCAAGCUGUCAAUGGAUUAUCCAGUGCCACAUCUUCAUCAUCAGGAAUUGGGCAGAAUCCAUCAGUAAAAUCCCAGAUGCCUCCCCAAACCAAAUCCACGAACAACAAUAUGGCAAAAAUUCGCAUGAAACCUCGUGACCCUAGGCGUGUACUUCAUAGUAAUAUGGCUCAGAGAACUGAGAACUCGGGAUCUGCUACAUCAAAUGUGCAUAGCAUCAAGGAUCAGUUAUUACAUCGAAAGCAAGGGGACCAAGCACAGAAACUUGCUGUACCUUUGCAAUCUGCUUCACUAACUGAUAUCUCGCAGCAGUUCACCAAGAACCUCCAGAAUCUUGCUGAUAUGGUGUCCAAGUCGCAGAGUAAAACAAGUGAUGAUCUAACUAAACCGAAGAAUGUACCUGAAUUGUGUAGCCAAACCGAUACUAAGCCAGCAGCAAAUCCAUGGGGUGAUGUGGAUCAUUUAUUAGAUGGUUAUGAUGACAAGCAGAAAGCUGCUAUCCAAAAAGAAAGGGCAAGAAGGAUAGAAGAGCAGAAUAAAAUGUUUGCUGCUCGUAAACUCUGUCUUGUUCUUGAUUUGGAUCACACACUUCUCAAUUCUGCCAAGUUUGUAGAAAUUGAUCCAAUUCAUGAAGAGAUUCUGAGGAAGAAAGAAGAACAAGAUAGACAAACGCAAGAGAGACACCUUUUCCGACUUCAACAUAUGGGGAUGUGGACCAAGUUGAGACCGGGAAUCUGGACAUUUCUAGAGAAGGCAAGCCAGCUCUAUGAACUUCAUGUAUACACAAUGGGGAACAAAUUGUAUGCAACUGAGAUGGCAAAGCUUCUUGAUCCGAAAGGGAAUUUAUUUGCAGGGAGAGUUCUUUCGAGGGGAGAUGAUGGUGAUCCUUUUGAUGGUGAUGAUAGGGUACCUAAAAGCAAGGAUCUUGAUGGAGUAUUGGGUAUGGAAUCAGCUGUGCUAAUCAUCGAUGAUUCUUUGAGGGUGUGGCCACAUAACAAGCACAAUUUGAUUGUCGUGGAAAGGUACACAUAUUUUCCUUCUAGUAGACGGCAAUUUGGGCUUAUCGGGCCUUCACUUCUUGAGAUUGAUCAUGACGAGCGACCAGAAGACGGGACUCUUGCUUCGUCACUGGCGGUCAUAGAGAGAAUCCAUGAAAUCUUCUUCUCCCACAGUUGCUUGACUGAAGUUGAUGUGAGAAACAUACUUGGCGCUGAACAAAGGAAGAUUCUUGCCGGAUGCAAGAUAGUAUUUAGUCGAAUUUUCCCUGUUGGCGAAGCUAAUCCUCAUCUCCACCCACUGUGGCAGACAGCCGAGCAGUUUGGUGCUGAGUGCACAAAUCAAAUAGAUGAACAAGUCACUCAUGUUGUUGCAAAUUCACUUGGAACAGAUAAGGUGAACUGGGCUCUCUCAACAGGAAGAUUCGUCGUCCACCCGGGAUGGGUAGAAGCUUCAGCUCUGCUGUAUCGGCGCGCGAAUGAGCAGGACUUCGCAGUUAAAGUAUAAAGCCCUAACAACAACGCAAAAUCCCUUUAUAACCCAAAAAAAUUCCCCCUACGUAACCUCUCUCACCUUUUUAACUUAAUGCGGUGCUAAGAAAUUGUGGAGGGAAAAUGGAGGAACUCAAAUCUUACGACGGGUGGAAAUAUUUAUUCACAAAAAAAAGGUGGGGUCCAUACGCACGGCUAAGAUUGUUGACACGUGUCAUGUAUGGGAGCCUGACACGUUGGUGCGAGUGUUUUUUUGGUGGAGGAGGGACUUUCUGAUGAAAAUGGUGAUGGCGGAGGCUCUGUGAGAUUUUGAUGUGAUUUACGUCGGCUACGUUAGGCAACCGACGCUGGUAGGGGGCGAAAGCGCAGGGGAUAUUGUUCUCCGAGAGUUUCCGCAUAUAUACCCCUCAAAAUCUUUGAUAUUUACAAAAUUACCUCUCAAAACUAGCAUGGUGGUCCUUUCAAGUGUUUCAACUCCGCUCUAACUUAAGAAUGCUGGUUUUUAAAUGAGCCGGUAUUAACUUUUCUAAUAAUUUCCAA